GACGGAGGAGCCGAGAUGCGCUGGGAGGAGCUGAAACUGGAGGACCGCUCCGUGGUGCCCCGGGACGUGGUCCGGCACAUGCGCUCCCCCCAGGACAGCCAGUGCGGCACCGUGAUCGACGUCAGCAUCGACUGCGCCGUCAAGCUCAUCGGCACCAACUGCAUCAUUUACCCCGUCAACAGCAAGGACCUGCAGCACAUCUGGCCCUUCAUGUAUGGGGACUACAUCGCCUAUGACUGCUGGCUGGGGAAGGUCUACGACCUGAAGAACCAGAUCAUCCUGAAGCUGUCCAAUGGGGCCAGGUGCUCCAUGAACACAGAAGACGGUGCCAAGCUCUACGACGUCUGCCCACACGUCAGCGACUCAGGUCUCUUCUUCGACGAUUCCUACGGCUUCUACCCGGGCCAGGUGCUCAUUGGCCCCGCCAAGAUCUUCUCCAGCGUCCAGUGGCUAUCGGGGGUCAAGCCCGUGCUCAGCACCAAGAGCAAGUUCCGGGUGGUGGUGGAAGAGGUGCAGGUUGUGGAACUGAAAGUCACAUGGAUUACCAAGAGCUUCUGUCCAGGGGGCACGGACAGCGUCAGCCCCCCACCCUCUGUCAUCACCCAGGAGAACCUGGGCAGGGUGAAGCGUCUUGGGUGCUUUGACCAUGCGCAGCGGCAGCUGGGGGAGCGCUGCCUGUUUGUCUUCCCGGCCAAGGUCGAGCUGGCCAAGAUCACCUGUGAAUGCCCAGAGCAGCGCUGCGCCCAGGGGGAGGGCUCGAUGGCCAAGAAGGUGAAGCGCCUGUUGAAGAAGCAGGUCGUGAGGAUCAUGUCCUGCUCCCCCGACGCCCAGUGCUCCAGGGACCAUUCUGCGGAGGAGCCAGGCAAGAGGGGGGGGACCAAAGCCAAGAGUGAAACGGGGUCCGCCAGCCCCGAGGAGACGCCUGACGGGUCCGCCAGCCCCGGGGUGCAGGACGACGACAGGCUGCACUCCGCCAAGCAGGACGCCGACGACGAGGCUGCUGAGGACACGGACGACACCAGCUCGGUCACCUCCUCCGCCAGCUCCACCACCUCCUCCCAGAGCGGCAGUGGCACGAAUCGCAAAAAGAGCAUCCCCUUGUCUAUCAAGAACUUAAAGCGAAAACACAAGAGGAAGAAGAAUAAAAUCACCCGUGACUUCAAGCCGGGCGACAGGGUGGCGGUGGAGGUGGUGACCACGAUGACCUCAGCAGACGUGAUGUGGCAGGACGGCUCCGUGGAGUGCAACAUCCGCUCCAACGACCUCUUCCCGGUGCACCACCUGGACAACAACGAGUUCUGCCCCGGGGACUUCGUGGUGGACAAGCGAGUCCAGAGCUGCCCAGACCCCGCUGUCUACGGUGUGGUGCAGUCUGGGGACCACGUGGGCCGCACCUGCGUGGUGAAGUGGUUCAAGCUGCGGCCGAGUGGGGACGACGUGGAGCUGAUUGGUGAAGAGGAAGACGUGAGCGUUUAUGACAUCGCUGACCACCCUGACUUCCGGUUCCGCACAACCGACAUCGUCAUCCGCAUCGGCAACACUGAGGACGGAGUUCCUCCCAAGGAGGAUGAGCCAUCGGUUGGCCAGGUGGCCCGUGUGGACGUCAGCAGCAAGGUGGAGGUGGUGUGGGCCGACAACUCCAAGACCAUCAUCCUGCCCCAGCACCUGUACAACAUCGAGUCUGAGAUCGAGGAGUCGGACUACGACUCAGUGGAAGGCAGCACCAGUGGGGCCUCCUCCGAUGAGUGGGAGGACGACAGUGACAGCUGGGAGACGGACAAUGGGCUGGUGGAAGACGAGCACCCCAAGAUAGAAGAGCCUCCCAUCCCACCCACCGAACAGCCGGCAGCCCCCGAGGAGGACAAGGGCGUGGUGAUCAGCGAAGAGGCUGCCACAGCCGCCAUUCAGGGGGCUGUGGCCAUGGCCGCCCCGGUGGCCGGGCUGAUAGAGAAGGCCGGCAAGGACGGGCCCCCCAAGAGCUUCCGGGAGCUGAAGGAAGCCAUCAAGAUCCUGGAGAGCCUCAAGAACAUGACGGUGGAGCAGCUGCUGACGGGCUCCCCCACCUCCCCGACGGCGGAGCCCGAGAAGCCCACGCGGGAGAAGAAGUUUCUGGACGACAUCAAGAAGCUGCAGGAAAACCUCAAGAAGACCCUGGACAACGUGGCCAUCGCGGAGGAGGAGAAGAUGGAGGCCCUGCCGGACACCGAGCGCAAGGAGGACAAGCCCGAGGCGCAGUCUCCCAUGAAGGCCGAGUGGCCCAGCGAGACGCCGGUGCUCUGCCAGCAGUGCGGCGGCAAGCCUGGCGUCACCUUCACCAGCGCCAAGGGCGAGGUCUUCUCGGUGCUGGAGUGCGCGCCCUCGAAUCACUCUUUUAAGAAAAUUGAGUUCCAGCCCCCAGAGGCCAAGAAGUUCUUCAGCGCAGUGCGCAAGGAGAUGGCGCUGCUGGCCACCUCGCUGCCCGACGGCAUUGCAGUCAAGACUUUCGAGGACAGGAUGGACCUCUUCUCAGCCCUGAUCAAGGGCCCCACUCGCACCCCCUAUGAGGACGGCCUCUACCUGUUUGACAUCCAGCUCCCCAACAUCUACCCGGCCGUGCCCCCCCACUUCUGCUACCUCUCCCAGUGCAGUGGCCGUCUGAACCCCAACCUGUAUGACAAUGGGAAGGUGUGUGUCAGCCUCCUGGGCACCUGGAUCGGAAAGGGGACAGAGAGGUGGACGAGCAAAUCCAGCCUUCUCCAGGUGCUCAUCUCCAUCCAAGGUACCGUGGUGAACGAGCCGUACUACAACGAAGCCGGCUUCGACAGCGACCGGGGCCUGCAGGAGGGCUACGAGAACAGCCGCUGCUACAACGAGAUGGCGCUGAUCCGUGUGGUGCAGUCCAUGACCCAGCUGGUGCGGCGGCCCGCCGAGGUCUUCGAGCAGGAGAUCCGGCAGCACUUCCGCACCGGUGGCUGGCGGCUGGUGAACCGCAUCGAGUCCUGGCUGGAGACGCACGCCCUGCUGGAGCAGGCCCAGGCGCUGCCCAACGGCAUCUCCAAGGACAGCGGCUCUGCAGGGCCGCCUGGCGUGGCCGAGCUCUCGGACAGCGGCCGGGAGGAAGCGGAGGACGGCGGGCUAGCCCCUGGAGAGGCCUCCCCGGGCUCAGACUCAGAGGGUGGCGCCCAGGGCCCGGCUGCCGCCAGCAGGGACCACACAGACCAGGCCUCGGAGGCAGCGCCAGACGCCUCAGUGCCCCCCAGUGUCAAACCAAAGAAGCGGAGAAAGAGCUACCGGAGCUUCUUGCCCGAGAAGAGUGGCUACCCUGACAUCGGCUUUCCCCUCUUCCCGCUUUCCAAGGGGUUCAUCAAGAGCAUCCGGGGCGUCCUGGCCCAGUUCCGGGCCGCUCUGAUCGAGGCAGGCAUGCCUGAGAGCACAGACGACAAGUAGCGCCAGCCCCAGGAAGGAGGAUCGUGGUGGGAGAGGCCAGCACCUGCUCACUCCCUCCCCCAGGCCCUCCCCGCUUCCCGCCCUCUCCUGUCCCCUGGCACCCCCCCCAACCCCCCGGUGAGUUUGAUGCUGACGUGCAAGGAAUUUCUUGAGAUGCUGCCAUUUCUACUCAGAAGCAAUCUUCCAACAGGCGAGCCCUGAGCAAAGCAUCUGGACCCUGUUGCUGACUUUCCACUCUCGCCCCAGGCGGGAUGUCGGCACCCGUCUCCUUGCAGUCUCCCUCUCAGGUCGAGGUGGAGUUUUCCAAGGGCCAGGCUCUGGGGCCCAGAGCUUUGCAGAGCAGCAGGACGAGCGGCCGUGCCUUGCAUGAAGUGUGGGUUGCUCCGGCCAUCUCCCCGUCCCUUCCAUCUUCAGUGCCAUUGUAGCUUCCCCAUGUCCCAGGCCACGGCCUCUAGGUCCCCCCUGGCCCCCAGCACCACACUCCGCUGGGCCUUGUAGCCGCUGUCACUGACGCCUGGCUCCGCU